AUGGCAUUUCGAGGUCAACGCUUCACUAUCAAUCUCGAUGACGAUCAAGACCUGAAUCUCGAUUCUUCAUCACCUUCCCUCGACUCCUCUCCUUUCGGUCUGAUAGGCGAGAUCCGCGAGCGCUCCCCCUCCGCUGCCGUUCCCCCAGCUCCGAAGCACCCCACCGGAUCAACAGGCUUCCCGCAACAUCGACGUCGUGUCAACCAGUCCGCUUUCAAACAGCGCAGGGCGGAUAAGCAACAAGAAGCGUUGCCGCCGUCUCUCUUGACUCCUGCCGCCACCCUUUCUGAUGAAAAGAAGAGCAUCGACGAAGAGAACCGUCGGCAACUGGCAUCCAUGUCACCGGCCCAGAUUCAACAGGAGCGGGAGGAGCUGAUGUCUUCAAUGGAUCCGUCUCUGCUCGGGAGAUUCCUCCGUCGCGCACGGAUCGACGACAACACUAUCACCACAUCCGAGAAAAGCUCGUCACAACCAGAACCAGAACCAGCACCCUCGUCUUCAUCAUCAGCGCAAGAUGCUUCUACUGCGAAACCCAACAAGUCAGUCUCGUUCAAUGUCGAGGAAGACUCCAAGACGGCAACAGAGAAGCAAGAACCAUCGCAGCUCAAGAAAACUCCCCCCGCAGUAACUUCUUCCGUCCUCACGCCAGAAGACCUUCCUCCAGCUCAACCACCGGCCGAUCUCCAUCCGGCGUCUGAAUUCCCCAGUCACGAGGCCUUUCAUUUCCCUACGCCUCCUCGAGAAAACGCGCUACCGAAUUUAGAUCAUUCGUCUCCUUCUUUCCUGUCUGACCUCCAAGCCCAUUAUUUCCCCGAAAUGUCUCACGAUCCAUCAGCGCUCUCCUGGCUGCAGCCGCCCUCCUCCGAUCCGGAAGAUCCAGACUCGACGUCCGCCUACCAUCCUGCAAGUAGUGCAGAGGCCAUCCAUCCCUCCGCUCUCCGGUUCUCCCUCAUCGGCAGUGUCCUCUCCCCCACCACUUCGCUCUCCCUCCCCACCACUCUCGGUCUGCAUCACCACGGCAAGGACCCGCAUGCUGCCGGCUACACCGUCCCCGAACUCGCCAUCCUCAGUCGUUCGUCCUUCCCCGCUCAACGUUGCAUCGCCUGGCAAGUCCUCGGCCGUAUCCUGUUCCGCCUGGGCAAGGGCCAGUUCGGGGAACGCGGCAGCCCCUUGGUCGAGGGCCUCUGGUCCGUGAUUGAGCGCGAGGGCGUAGUCGCCGGCAUGCUCGCCGAAGCAGACGGCGCUCCGUCCGGCCCGACUCGUUCAGCUGCGGCCCGCAACUCAACGGCCGCUGAUCCGGACGACGCGGGUUCGUUGCAAACGCAAGGUACUCCCGGGCCAAAAGGGGCCAGUGGGAUCGGCCGGCAUGCCAGUGCCUCCGCUUGGGCUGUGGAGGGUGUUUGGCUCUGGCAGAUGGGCGGAGGAGGGGAUCGGGGGAUCCUGAAGGAGAAUGCCAUCCGAUCGCAGUAG